AUGAUAGGGUCACUCGUACGCAUUGGACCAAACGAUCUCGUGACGAGUGAUCCGGACCUAAUGAAGCAUAUGCUUAAUGUGCGGACGAAAUACAAGAGGUCCAACUGGUUCGACGCUAUGAGACUUGAUCCCGGAAAGGACAAUAUCCUUUCUACGAGGGAUGAUGAAGUGCACAGCAUGCUUCGAUCGAGAAUGGCCGCCGGUUACUCCGGAAAAGAAGUCGAGAACCUUGAAGCCAAGAUUGAUGAGAAUAUCGUUCGAUUAAUGCAUCUCAUUGAAAAGUAUGUGUCAAAGGAUAAAGAAUUCGAUUUUGGAAUCAAAGCUCAGUAUUACACUCUCGACGUGAUUUCGGACCUUGCUUUCGGCGAGCCCUUUGGUGACGUCGAGAGCGAUUCAGAUGUUCAUCAAUACAUCCAUACAAUGGAAGAGAACAUGCCUAACAUUGUGUUGACGGCUGCGCUCCCCUGGUUACUUAAGUUAUUUUCUUCUCCCCUCUUCCGGAGCUUAUUGCCAUCUGAGAAGGAUGCGAUUGGAGUUGGAAAGACUAUUGGUAUUGCCAAAAAGGUGGUGGCAGAGCGCUUCGGACCUAAUAAAAAGGUCCCAAGAGACAUGCUUGGGUCCUUUAUUGCUCACGGGCUCAACCAAGAAGAGGCGUCGUCGGAGAUUCUCAUGCAAAUACUUGCUGGCUCCGAUACUACAGCAACCGCUAUACGUGGCACGCUCCUUCAUAUACUCACAAGCCCACGCGUAACUGAGGCUCUCCGAGCCGAGAUCGAAGCCGCCAAGCCGUCAUGGCCAGUCAUCACGGACGCUGAGGCACGCGAGAUGCCGUACUUGACUGCCGUGAUCAAGGAAGGUCUCCGCAUAUUCCCGCCCGUUGUCGGUCUGAUGUCCAAGGAAGUGCCAAAAGGCGGCGACACGUUCAAAGGCGUGUAUCUACCUGAGGGUACUAGGAUCGGGUACGGCGCGUGGGGCAUCUUCCGUCAAACCGAUGUUUGGGGUUCAGAUGCUCACGACUUCCGACCAGAGCGGUGGCUAGAGGCUGAAGGAGAGAAGUUGAAGUCGAUGGAGGGGGCGCUGGAGUUGAUAUUUGGAUAUGGAAAGUGGCAGUGUCUAGGACGUAACGUGGCAAUGAUGCAGUUGAGGAAGAUAUUCGUCGAGCUGUUGAGAAGGUUUGAUUUGACUGUGAUUGAUCCCACCAAGCCAUGGAAAUCUCUCAACUACGGCAUUUUCGUACAGUCUCAAUUUUGGAUCAGAGGGUACAAGAGAGACAUGCCCAUGUGA